CCCAAAGCCAACGCCCACGUUACCUCGCCCGCUACACAACAGCCCUUCCGCCGCACAGCGACCGCAUCCCCAAUCACCUUAUUCGCCACCUCCUUCUCGAAGACCGCAAUAGCAACCGUGGCAGAACAUGGCCAUCUCAUCCAUGAAACGCAACAGUAGUAGUAGUAGUAAUCGCAGCAGCGGCUCCAUCGCCUCGCAGGAUUGCGUGCGUGCGAGCUGCUAUGCUGUGAAGUCGUGCUCUGCGGCUCUGCAGGGCUUCCAUUACUCCACUACGCUGGGGGCCGGGGUCGAGUGGUAUGCCUGAGGUCGGCUCGGGCAUACCUUCACCCCCACCAAGUCCCCCCCUCGGUAAGGCGCGCCGAGGGGGGGCUGCAUACACCAUCACGGGAGAGUGUGAGAGACUCUUCUGCGACACGCUGCGGGCUGUUUUCCUGGGUGAGGGGAUGCAGCGCGCGGAUUCGCUUGUGAUGGGUAUGCAAAGCAAGACCGGGACCCGCGACGACCAGACGUCCAGCGGGCAUCUCGAUGUCGAUAUGGACUGCGCCAUCGACGAUGACGACUACGGUGUGCACUGCGAGGACCGCGGCAACGUUUCCGACUACAUCGAAAUGUGGGACUACGUCGGCGGCAUCCAGUUCCGUGGCUUCGUCGCACAGAGUGAGCGGCAGGAGAAGGCCAUGUUUGUCUUCUUUGACGAGGCCGUUAUCAAUGGAGAUUUGAAGGCUGGUCUCAUGGCCCUCCUCGAACUCUGCGCCCUACCCUACUUUUCCUGCGACCGCCUCGUCGUGUGCAUUGACCGCGCGGCGGACCAGCUGGCGAGGGACAACCUAGCAAAAGAUCUGGGCUGGAUCGGGUUUGGAUUGACGACGUUGAAGGAGUUUACACGUGGAGAAGAGACGAGUGAGGAAUGGCUGUUCAUGGAGAUGGAGACGUAGAGGUUUUGAUUGAUGACUGGGUUCACUUCUGCGUGUAAUUGGGGUUGGGGUUUGCUUCAUAAUCGAGUCGUGGUGGAUCGUUCUUGUGAGGG